AGAAUCGCACCGGGACUCCUACAGAGCGAGAGUAAAAACAGAAAACACGUUUACCGGAUAGUAUAUUUUCGGUUACAGUUCAGGCCCCCCCCAUCGAACGGUCUUAGUAAUUUGAAGAAUGGAAAUCGAAGAUGAUAAGAUGUAUAUACUUUUACUUUAAAUAAAAGCAAGACAAGUGACGAAGGCCGUUUUUGAUUAAUAAGUGGAGCUGGUCAACCAUUACUUCCACUGAAAUAUCUCCUCCAUCGAACCCUAAUUCACACACAGUUCUUUCAUUUGCAAUCGAAUCCAUAAUUUUCUCCAUAAUGUCACCUAUACCAUUCAUUUCUCACUGAUUGACCACUGAUUUUGUUUCAAUUUUUAAGUUGUAGAGUGAGUAUUGAUGGAGGGAAAUUCUGGCGGGGGUGGUGGCGGCGGUGGGAAUGACGUGGAGUUGCUAUGCAAGACGCUACAGGUAGAACACAAGCUUUUCUACUUCGACCUGAAGGAGAAUCCACGCGGAAGAUACUUGAAAAUCUCGGAGAAAACGUCGGCAACAAGGUCUACUAUAAUAGUACCAUUCAACGGCAUCUCAUGGUUCCUCGAUCUCUUCAGUUACUAUGUCAAGUCAGAUGACCAGGACGUCUUUAGCAAAGAACUCCAACUUGAUACCAAGGUGUUUUACUUUGAUGUAGGGGAGAAUAGGCGAGGGCGCUUUCUUAAGGUCUCUGAAGCAUCCGUUAGCAGGAACCGUAGUACCAUUAUUGUUCCAGCAGGAAAUGCCCGGGAUGAAGGAUGGGCAGCAUUUAGGAAUAUUUUGGCAGAAAUUAACGAAGCCUCUAGGCUAUUUAUUUCGCCUAAUCAGCAGACUUCAGAAACCUCAGAACGUCUUGGGCUUUCUGAUGAUGUAGGAGCUGGUUUUAUAUCCAGUCAAUCUGCCCUCGCAGCUGAUUUGAGUGCAGAACGAACCAUUGAUUUGCCAGCAGCUGAUGAAAUUAGUAACCUGGGGAUCUCCAAAGUAAUCAGGGUUGACCAGAAGAGGUUCUUCUUUGAUCUAGGGAAUAAUAACCGGGGCCAUUUCUUACGAAUAUCUGAGGUAGCAGGUUCUGACCGCUCUUCAAUAAUUCUUCCCCUUUCUGGCCUGAAACAAUUUUAUGAAAUGGUGGGUCACUUUGUAGAGAUAAGCAAAGAUCGCCUCGAAGGAAUUACAGGUACAAAUGUUCGGACAAUUGACUCCCUGCAGAGAUGAAUGCAGAUGACUGGUAUCUAAGGCAUGGAACCAUGUACUGCCGCUGAUGGGCGGACAAUUGUGAUCCCCGUGUUAAUUUUCUGUCUAGUAAUUGUGUUUCAAGUUGAAUAAAAUGGUAUAUCUGUUAUAAGCUGGAAAUAUGAAGUAAAAUAUCAAUCAUCAAUAGCAGGGGAAAUAAGAAAUAAACCAUUAUGUAAGGUGAAGGAUUUUAGCAUAAAAUGGCACUCAUCUAAUUCAGUUUCAUCUUUGCUA